AUGGAUUCGGUGAUACACAAAAUAAAAACAAAAGUGUCAAACGUGUUACCGGGAAAUCCGUUAACGCGCGAAUAUGAUUUGGGUAAGCAGAUUGGCUCAGCCGGACCAGGGAUGUUAUGGAAGCUGUUUGCAGCGAAGAAACGCUCUACACAACAGGAAGCCACUGUAUGGGCCUUCGACAAGAAAUCAAUUGACAACUAUCCGAAAUCUCAAAAAGAAUCCAUGAUUGAAAUUUUGAAAUACGGAGUGGCCACUCUGACUAGAAUUAAACAUCCAAAAGUUUUGUCAGUUCUUCAACCUUUGGAGGAAUCGAGGGAGAGUCUCGCUUUUGCAAGCGAGCCACUUUUCUCCUCUCUUAAGUCUGUCAUUUCGGAGUCGACUUCGAAUCCGAAGAAGUCAGAUACUCGGGAUGGAUUCAGUUUAACUGAUGUCGAAAUCAAAUACGGUCUGUUACAGCUCACCGAAGCACUGACGUUCCUGCAUUCCGACUGUCGUCGGGUACAUUUGAACCUUGUUUCUGAAGCAGUGGUCAUCAAUAAAUACGGCCUAUGGAAACUUGCUGGUUUCGAGUUUUCCAAAGUUGUUGAUCAUCGGUCGUCGGAUGGUCAAACGGAACCCUCAGCAUCUGUGCCAAUGUGGCAAUCCUCCAUUAUGCCUGCAUGUCAACCCACCUUAGUGGCCAGUAGUCCAGAGGCCGUCUUGCAGGGUCAUGUGACGCCGGCAAGUGACAUGUUCAGUCUGGGAAUGCUCAUUUACUCUCUAUGCAAUCGUGGACAAUCGUUAAUUCCCUCCGAGAACGACUAUUCUGCCUACAGACGAGAUGUGAAGAAUUUGGUCUCGGUAUAUUCGGGAAAAAUAGCAACUUUGCCAGAGAAUUUGCGAGAAUAUGUGCGAAUGGCAUUGUCCAAGGAUCCCGACAUUCGUCCGACAGCUUUGCAGUUUUCCAGGACACCCUACUUUGAGGAUGCAGCUAUGUCUGUAUUACGAAGUGUGGAUAAUAUGUACCAACUGGACAACUUGGCUCGGUCGCAGUUUUACAAGUCAUUGCCCUCUACGAUUCAUACUUUACCAAAACGGCUGUGCCUGUUUCGCGUGUUCCCCCAAAUAUCCGAAGAUUUCUCAAAUCAACACAUGGUCCCCUUUAUUCUACCAGCCGUGUUACAAAUCAUGGACCUGGUCACACAACAGGAGUUCGUUCAGUACAUGCUUCCUCGUCUCAUUCCUGUUAUGGCAAUGAAAGAACCAAUACAGAUCCUCUUGGUGUUGCUUCAGAACUUGCGCGUUUUAUCAGAGAAAUUUCCCGCUGCAGAGUUCCGGAUACAUGUGCUCCCAAUGCUCCAUUCCUCCUUGGACACUGACAACAAAACCGUCCAGGAGCUAUGUUUAAGGUCCAUUCCGUCCAUCGCGAGCCUGACGGAAUUGACUACAUUGAAAAACGCCGUCCUACCAAGAAUACAGAAAUUAUUUUUCCGCACUGAGCUACUCUCAACACGUCUUAGUUGUUUGAUGUGCAUCGGAAAACUAUUGGACCAUUUGGACAAGUGGAUUGUUAUGGAUGACGUGCUCACUUUUCUGCAACAAAUUCGUUCGCGCGAACCGUCUCUCCUGAUUGCUAUGCUCGGUAUAUAUCGUUUGGCGUUCAGUCACGAGAAACUAGGAAUCAGUCGAGAAAAGUUGGCAACACGCGUCCUUCCCCAUCUGAUUCCGUUGUCAAUCGAGGGUAGCCUGAAUCUGAAACAGUAUCUAGCUUUUGCCGAGCUCAUCCGCGAUAUGUGUAGUCAACUGGAACGGGAACAGAAGGCCAAACUGGAACAACUCCAUGGUAUAGCAGAAGAACCCAACAUCCUUGGAGUUGGAACAAGCAUGUCAAACGGAUGGACUUCUGCAAAUUCGUGUGCAACUCUAAUGGAUCAAAUAAUGCGUACGUUUGUAGACUCGACUUCCGGACUGAUCGACCAAACCUCUGAGGAUAAGAAGCCUUCGGCUCCGCCCAACUCCGUAUCCGAACAUAUGAGUGAUCUCGAAAUCAAACCAACAGUGACCCUCUCUUUGGAACAGAAGCGUCAGCUUGCCGCCGAACGCUCCCAACAGCAGCGACUACAGGGACAAGGUUUAGAUGCUAUCCAACCAACCAAAAAAGACCCCACUUCGACCAAACCAACCCCACGUGAUUUGACAAGCACUCUCAUUGAAUCUAAUCUUUUUGAAAUGGCCAAUCGCGCGAAUUCGAUUCCCUCUUCACGUACAUUCCAACCCGGUCUGCCGUUGGCGCUUGUUCGCCCGCCUGCGACUCCUUACAACGAUUAUAUAUCUAUGCCACACUACAGUGUUGGCGCUGGUUUAAAUCUAUCAGCUACCAUAAAUCCUCCGACAACCAGAUUCCCUUGCACGCAAGCAAGAUGGGACCCACCACGCAACACCACCGCGGGAUCUUACGCCUCAUUCCAACAGCCCACAAACCACAGUCUCACGGAAGCUGCUCCCUUUACACCCAAUCUCGCAUCUGCUCCAUCUCUCACUGAACAGUACAAACCGCUCUCCAAGGUUGAUAUUGAUGAUCUGUUGAGUUGAACUGAUAUCUUUGUUGUCUGUGCCAUAAUUCUUUCACUGUCUAUGGUUAUUACUGUUGUAAACAGUCUUAUUCUCUACUUUUUUGCUUUGAUGGUUCUUUUUUGCCCUACGGGAUCCCGUUCCCGUAUAGUCCGGACAUAUCUCUUCUGUACCUGUUUUGCUCGUGCUCCUGAAUUGUGUGAUACAAAUUAUUUUUACCAUAGAUACUUGCCAUCCG